AUGGACGAUGACGAUGCUGAAGAUGAAGACGGUACCACCUGUAACGGCUUCAAAACCAAGGCUAAUGAAAUCGAAAAGCACCACCAGAAGCUGAUCGAUGCUUUUGCUGCCUUGGUCACGUCCUUCUCAAAAUGGGUCAAGGAUAAGGAGGGCCAACUGACUGAGGAAAUCAAGAAAAUUGAUGAAGACCUUGUUGCCUUGAAAGAGAAGCUCACAGCUUUAAAUGCCUCGGCCACAGCCAUUGGACUGGCUACGGGAGUGGCCUUGGGGGUGAUUGGACUCCUGAUGACCGCAUUCCCUCCGUGGACCUCAGUGCUUCUGGUUGCUGGAUUGAUCACCGCUGGGGUGGGCUUUGGCACAACUGCCGGCCUGAUCAUCGCGGCAGGCCUUGUCCAAAAUGAGAUUACAGAGAAGGAAAACAAGAAGCAGAAACUUGAAGAUCAGAUCGAAGAGAUUCGCCGCGGGCGGGAAUCACUCGAAACGGUGGGACAAGCUUCCCUGUUGUCCUUUAACCAAUGCCUGGCAGUCAUAUCCGCAUCCCAGAAAGCCACCAUCGAGGAUGCAGAGGAUAUUAAAUUGUGGCUCGAGAACGGGGCUCCGCGAGAGGUGCAUCGGGAUGCUGGGGUCCGCAGUUACAAGUCGAUGGGCAGCUAUCUCGACAGGUAUGCCAAAGGAAUCACCAGGUACCUGGCUCAAGGACGCAAGAAGUAG